AUGGCCUCCACAGCACCACCACAAUCUGUCUCUCCUCCUGCCACUGCGGACCUCCAAGCCCUCCUCGAUGCCGCGCGACCCUUCCUGCGUGGCGAGCUCGAGGUCGUUGAUCCACGCCUCCCCUCACUUGUGGCCACCCUCCGCUCGGUCGGUGCCGGGGAGUGCUGGCACAAAAAUGCCAGCUUCCUUGAGCAUCUGGUCGACAUUUAUCGUAUCCUCCAUCUCUGGCAGGCCCCUGAAGCCGUCUGCCUCUGCGGUCUCUACCACUCUGCCUACUCCAACUCCUCCGACAACCUGGCCAUCUUCAAACCCAACACCAGCCGUGAUGUCGUCCGCAGCUUCGUCGGCAAUGCCGCUGAGCGCCUCAUCCACCUCUACUGCAUCGUCCCAUGGCCGACCCUUAUCCACAAUGACCUGCUCUCCCACUAUGACGACUCAGAGCUCGUUAAAAACCUGAAGCUCUCAGAGAUGUCCCUCCAGAACGCCAGGGAGAAUGGAGCGUUCAAAGGUGACGAGACAUGGCGGAAGAAGGUCCAGUCGCUGUUGCCAGCCAAGGGGAUAAAGGUGAAGCACAGAAAGACCGGAGAGGACGUGCUCGUCUCAAGGAGGGUGGUCGCAGUUUUCUUGAUGAUGGCCAUGGCCGAUUUCAGCGACCAGUUUUUUGGGUUUCAGGACAUGCUGUUCGAGAAUGGCGACGGACGGUUGGAGUUCACCGGGAACAAUUUCUGGGCAUUGUGGCCCGGGGACGGGAAGCCCGGGCUCUGGAUGAACUUGAUAUCGAGGAUGGGCGCGGUCUACAUGCUCGUAGCGAGAGAGGAAGAGCUCUUCACGCUCGAGAGGAAGAAGAGCAAAAGCCAUGCGGACUCCGAGCUGCCAUCAGAAGAGCGGGAUGAGGACAUCGAGCUGGUGCUGCCACCGGUGUUCGACUCCUGCACACGGGUCCUCGACACGGGGGACCAGAUCGAGGCGAGGGACAAGUACUGGGAAGCGGUGUGCGAGGCGAGCAAGUCCGGAGGGGCCGAGCACUACGACGCGGUGGAGCGCAAGCUGAGGGAGAGCAUCAAGAAGAACCCAUUCGUCGGGGAGCCGCGGGUGGUGCUGGGGCAGCUGUGCCUGGGGAAAGGGCGGUACGAGGAGGCGGAGAGGGAGGCUGAGGCCGGGCUGCGGCUGCUGCUGGGGUGGGGGAGCCCCUGGGACAAGAGGAUGUCCUGGGAAGCGUGGGUGGCCUGGGCUAGGGUUUUGCUCAUGAAGGCCAGAGAGAGGUCUUGGCCUGACACUUCCCGGGGUAUUCGCAAUCUGGGGCUCGUGUGGCGUUUUGAAUAA